AUGCGGUGUUUGGUGGUUAGGGACCCGCCUGGUGGCAUGCCUUCUCGAGUGCCUGGUAUCCUGGGGAUGAACGUGAUUCGUAAGUGCUACCAGGACCUUUUUGGCCAACAUGGUGUAGCGUUGUUCUCCCAGGUCUGUAUCUCUGAAGCCCCCAAGCCAGUUGUGCAGGCACUGCAACAGUGUCAUCAUGCAAGUGGCCUAACUCCCUCAGACACUCCAGGGGCGGUGAAGGUCAGGGGUAAGAGGAGCUGGCAGAUUCCGGGUGGGGUUAUGAGAAUGGUGGCCGCCACAUGUUCUGAGCAGUACUCAGGUUCUACGGUACUUUUUGAGCCUUUGGAUGGUGGUUUGCCUGCGGGGUUGCUGGCUUCCCCUUCUUUAGUUUGUGUUAUAAGGGGUACAGCCUAUAUACCUGUAAUUAAUGUUGGCUGCAACGAUGUUAUGUUGUACCCCCGCACUGUUGUUGGCACACUGGACUUCGUGAACGUGGUCAGCCUUCCUGCAGGAGUCACCGAGGUGCCAUCAAAUGUGGCCACUGUGUCUUCCCAGACAGCUUCACCCAGUGUGCAGCAACAGGUGGACGAUGUGGAUGUGUCGCCAUUGUCGGUUGGUGAACAGGGUCAGGUGAGGUCACUACUUGGACAUUACGCUUCAGUAUUCUCCACCAGUGACACCGAUCUGGGUUGUACUAUCCUCAUCUCCCACGACAUUCCUUUGAUUGAUGAUACUCCAGUGGCGCAGCGUUAUAGGCGCAUUCCACCCUCAGAGUAUGAGGUGGUGAAGGAACACAUCAAUCAACUGCUCUCAUCUCAAGUAAUUCGGGAGAGUAGCAGCCCCUACGCGUCCCCGAUUGUGUUGGUACGGAAAAAGGGUGGCAAACUACGCAUGUGCGUUGAUUACCAGCAGCUUAAUCGUAAGACCCGCAGAGACGCCUUCCCUCUGCCACGCAUAGAAGAGUCUUUGGACGCAUUGUCCGGUGCUUGCUGGUUUUCAACCCUGGACUUGACCAGUGGCUAUCACCAGGUGCCAGUCACUGAGACCGACCGGCCAAAGACCGCGUUUUGUACACCUUUCGGUUUAUUUGUGUGGAACAGAAUGCCUUUUGGGCUCUGUAAUGCGCCCAGCACUUUCCAAAGGUUGAUGCAACGCAUCUUGGUGACCAGCAGUGUCAGUCUUUAUUGUUAUAUCUUGAUGAUAUUGUUGUGUUCUCCUCCACUAUUGAACAGCAUCUGGAGCGACUCAAAGUGGUGCUGGAGCGGCUUCAAUGCGAUGGGCUUAAAGCCAAGCUCAGCAAGUGCUCGUUCUUUCGCAAAGAGGUGCACUACUUGGGCCAUGUGAUAUCGGCUGAUGGUGUCUCCACAGAUCCGGCCAAGAUUGAAGUGGUUGCUAAUUGGCCGUUUCCCGCUACUGCCUCGGAGCUUCGUUCUUUCCUUGGUUUCGCCAG